GACCGCUACCGUGUCAGUCAGUCAGUCUGAAGCUGCUUUCCCAUUGAGGAAUACUGGUUGCCUUAAACGUAUGUUUUAUUCAACUGCAGGUUUGGCUUUUUUUUGUCCUUGGACACCGGAGGAAAAGAGAUUUCACAUCAACGGCACAGAUUGCACCUCAGCUGCAUCGACUCCAUUUCCAUCUCAAUGCCAUGCACCUCAUGGUAUCGCCAUGUGGAAAGUAACCUAGUCUUGCAUUUCCUGCCAGUUCAUGUCUGAGGACAGCAACCCAAAGCUCUAUCGGUUCUCCACUCUGGACUGCUGCGAACGGAACCGCGAAGACCAAGGCUCCCAGCGUGGCUCUAUGAGCAAACUCCACCGCAUGGCCAGCAGCUACAGCGACGGUUGCAGCCGGCAGGACCGGGUGGAACUAGGAUCUGAGCUGGGGCUGGCGUCCGAGGGCAGUGACAGCAGCCAUGAGCACCCAUCGUCUCUCGGCUCCCUGCACGACGACAGGAAGCAUCAGCGCACGCCUCUCCACGAGGACAUAGAGAUGGGUGGCAGCGGCUCGAGCGGCAGCGGGACAGAAUCCCACAGCAACGAAUCGCACAGCAAUGAGUCCCACGGCAACGGGUCAGUGGGCAGUUCGAAUGGCAUCGAGAAGGAUUCUGCUCUGACGGAGUCAUCCGGGAGCAACAAGAGCUCCAACUCUCACAGUCCUUCACCCCCGAGCAGCUCCAAUGCCUUCAGCCUGGUGAGCUCUGAGCAGGACAACCCUUCAACCAGCGGCUGCAGCAGCGAGCAGUCGGCCAAAGCCAAGACUCAGAAGGAGCUCUUCAAGACUCUCAAGGAGCUCAAGAUGCACCUGCCUCCAGAAAAGAGGAGUAAGGGCAAAUCCAACACUGUGAACACGCUCAAAUAUGCGCUGCGGUGUAUCAAACAGGUGAAAGCUAAUGAGGAAUACUACCAGAUGCUGAUGAUUAAUGACAGUCAGCCUCCUGGCUUCGAUGUGACUUCAUACACCAUUGAAGAAAUUAACACCAUCACUUCAGAAUACACCCUGAAAAACACAGACAUUUUUGCCGUAGCGGUGUCUCUCAUCACUGGGAAGAUAGUUUACAUCUCCGACCAGGCCGCCUCCAUACUGAACUGCAAGCGGGAAGUUUUCAACAACGCCAAGUUUGUGGAGUUCCUGACGCCUCAGGACGUCAGCGUGUUCUACAGCUUUACCACGCCGUACCGCCUGCCCUCGUGGAGCAUGUGCACCGGCGCAGAGUCGUCUCCUACGGAGUGCAUGCAGGAGAAAUCCUUCUUCUGCCGCAUCAGUGGUGGGAAGGAGCGUGAGGGGGAUCUGCAGUACUAUCCUUUCCGGAUGACUCCCUACCUCAUGAAGGUUCAAGAUGCUGAGCUGUCUGAAGAGCAGUUCUGCUGCCUCCUGCUGGCUGAGAGGGUGCACUCUGGAUAUGAAGCUCCCAGGAUUCCUCCAGACAAACGGAUUUUUACCACCACACACACUCCUAACUGUGUGUUCCAGGAUGUCGAUGAGAGGGCGGUGCCUCUGCUGGGAUACCUCCCCCAAGACUUGAUCGGGACGCCCAUUCUGCUCAACAUGCACCCGAGUGACCGGCCUUUAAUGCUGGCUGUGCAUCGCAAAAUUCUGCAGUACGCCGGUCAACCGUUCGAUCAUUCCUCGAUCCGUUUCUGUGCGAGAAAUGGCGAGUAUAUCACCAUCGACACCAGCUGGUCCAGCUUUGUGAAUCCCUGGAGCCGCAAGGUGUCUUUUGUCAUCGGGAGGCACAAAGUGCGCACGGGGCCAGUAAACGAAGAUGUUUUCGCAGCACCAGCUUUCCACGGAGGGAAAAUGAUGAAUUCAGACAUCCAGGAAAUUAGCGAACAGAUCCACAGGCUGCUCCUCCAACCGGUCCACAACAUGGGCUCCAGCGGCUAUGGCAGCUACGGCAGCAACGGUUCCCACGAGCAACAGGUGAGCAUCAGCUCAUCCAGCGAAAGCAACGGGAACAUCCCAGUAGGGAACACGGCAGAGGAGACGAGCAAGACCAAGCCGUCCAGGACCUUCCAGGAAAUUUGUAAGGGAGUCCACAUGCUGAAGAAUCAGGACUCUCAGGUCUGCAUGCGCUCCUCGUCGGUGUGGCAGCCCAAAACCGAGCAGAGGAAGACCGGCGACGGGUCGUCUGCAGCCCAGAGGAGUUCAGGUGUGCGUGUACGGGACUCCGCCCCCCCCUCACAGGUCAGAGACAACACUGGAACCAACAUGGACGACUUCACCUUCAAAGACCAGACUGUGUGCUCCUACCAGCAGAUCAGCUGUCUCGACAGCGUCAUUAGGUAUCUGGAGAGUUGUAACGUCCCCAUCACAGUGAAAAGGAAGUACCAGUUCUCAUCCAACACCACGUCGUCCAACUCGGAUGACGACAAGAGGGGGUCGGAAGAUGGUAUGCAAGUGGCUCAGGGGACACACCCAGAUCCUUUGAUGCUCGACACCCAGCCAGGCCUGUCAAACAUGAAAGCACCUAAGAAGCCACCAACUGGGGCAGCUGCUGUGGUGGGGGGCACCCUGGCGCCCCUCACUCUGCCCAGUAAGGCUGAAAGUGUUGUCUCCAUCACCUCACAGUGCAGCUACAGCAGCACCAUCGUUCAUGUGGGAGACAAGAAGCCUCAACCAGAGUCUGAGAUCAUCGAAGAUGUUGCAGAGAGCCCAGCUCCCCCCGCUGUUCCGGUCAGUCUGGUGUCUCCACCUAGCCAGGAGAAGGAGGCCUACAAGAGACUGGGGCUCACGAAGGAGGUCCUGGCAGCCCACACCCAGAAGGAGGAGCAGGUCUUCCUGAACCGCUGCCGAGAGCUCCGCAACGCCAGGAGCUUCCAGAAGGAAUGUUCCUCAUGUCUGCACAACCAGAGAGGCCCGGCUAACACCGAAGAUUCAACUGGACAACAGGGAGAUGCCAAACAAGGCCCAACCCGGCCAGAGACGACCACCAAGAAAGGCAACCGCAAUAGGAAGUCCAAGAAACCGCGGAUAAAGCAUCCUGACUCGUCUGACAGCGCCGUGUCAAAUCGCAAACCCCGGCCCCCUCUUCAGGGUCUCAACCAGACAUCUUGGUCCCCGUCUGAAGCGUCCCAGUCAGCUUUUAACGUCUCCUACCCCACCAUGGUGCCUGCAUAUCCGCUGUACCCCCCAACGCCCGCUGCGCCAGCUCAGGGGUCCCGCCCCGAUGCGUCUCAGUCCUCUGCCUUUGGGGAGGGCCUGAACGCCCAAGCCCCCCCCACCAGCACUCCAUUCCCCCCUCCGAUUGUUACACCGGUUGUGGCUCUGGUGCUGCCCAACUACCUUUUCCCCCAAAUGGGACAGUUGAAUCAGAUGAGCCAGCUCUGCGCCGCUCCCAGACCAACGUUGUUCACAGAGCAGACCCAGCCCCCACCAACUUACUCUACCCAGCAGGCCUUUCAGACGCCACCGGCGGCAUACCCGUUGCAGACCCAGCUCUCCUUCACCCCCCAGCAGCCAUUCCCAGUGCAGACCGCCUUUUCCCCCCAGCACCCGUUUCAAGCUGCGCAGGCCCCCUACACUACCCAGCAGCCAUUCCCGGCUCCCCAGUCUGCCUACACUGCCCAGCAGCCCUUCACCGCCCAGCCGUCUUUCCCAGUGCAGACACCCUUUGUGGCUCAAGCCCCCUACCCAGCUCAGCCUUUCUCCUACACCAUAGCCUCAGAGCCCCCCAAAAUUCUCACAGCAGAGCCCAGAGAGGGGGCGGCUUCUCGCUCCUCCACCCCCGCCUCGGGGGCCCGGGAGCCCACCACCUCCCCUCCCCUGUUUGAGUCGCGCUGCAGCUCCCCACUGCAACUCAACCUGCUGAGCAUGGAGGAGGGGCAGCGCUCACUGGAGCGGCAGGACAGCACCGCAGUCCAGGCUGGGGGUCCAGCAGUUGUGUCGGGGGCAACAGGAGACAAGGGUGGAGCUGCAACCAAGACUGAUAAUCACCAACAGCUGGAACCCAGAGGCAGCGGGCCUCACAGCGACGGCAACUCCUCGUCCUGUGACCUUCUGGACAUCCUGUUACAGGAGCAGGAGGACGCUCACUCCGGCACUGGGUCAGCCACCUCAGGUUCCAUGGGCUCAGGUCUGGGUUCAGGUUCGGCAUCAGGCUCCGGAUCCAACGACUGUCGGACCUCAGCUAGCGGAGCGUCUGGCAGCAGAACAGGAAGCAGCAACACCAGCAAGUACUUUGGCAGCAUCGACUCUCUGGAGCACGACCUGAAGGGAAAAGUCAAGAUGAGGAGCGAAGGCGGCUCAGAGAGCAGCAAGUCUCAGCCCAAAGUGUCCGCUCAGGGGGAAGGGGAACAUUUAAUCAAAUACGUUCUGCAGGAGCCUCUUUGGUUGCUCAUGGCCAACGCUGACGACAAGGUCAUGAUGACGUAUCAAAUGCCAUCCAGGGAUAUUCAGAGGGUGCUGAGAGAAGACAAGGAGAGGCUGCGGCAGAUGCAGAAGAGUCAGCCUCACUUCACCUCAGAGCAGCGGCGGGAGCUGGUGGAGGAGCAUCCCUGGAUGAGGAGAGGAGGCCUCCCCGCAGCUAUCAAUGUGAAGGAGUGUGUGUACUGUGAGGACGCUGCUGCUGCACCCAUAGAGGAGGAUCUACCCGACAUGGACAUGGGCGAACUGGGCGAGGAUCUGGGCAGAGACACCCAGAGAGGCCAGAGCCAAUCAGAGGAGCCCAAACCUCAGCCGGACCCUGGCUUCUGAGGGGCCAACGAGGGGCGGGCCACAAUGGUUCAUGGACCUUUAAAGGCAUAUACACACACCCUGGACGUGCCUAAAACACACACACACACAACAAGAAGAAGAGCACAGUGUGGCCACUGCAAUUCUCAAAGAGGUGUGCCAGUUGUGUUUGUGUGUGUGUGGAUGUUGGACCGUGUACAACGGCAGUUCCUAAUUACCCCACAAGGGGGGGUAGUAGAGCUUUGUAAGAGUUUUGUAGCUGGGACCUACCUAUAGUAUUUUUUCUGUUUCACACACACAAACACACAGUCUCUACAAAAAAAUCUCCUCAUUUUUUAUUGAACCAUUUUUCUGUCUUUUGUCAAACACAGGGCAUUUAUUCUGAUACAGGUGAAACUGAUGCUUAGUAAUAUAUACAAUUUUUAAAGAUGUUAUUUUUACAAAACAAAAAAAAGUGACCAAAAAAAAAAAUCCAUGUGAAGCUCUGCAGCAUUCCUGUUACAAUGCUGUGCUGCUCCACGUCCUGUUUGUGUUUUCCUUCAGACCCCCUCCCAUCAGGAUUUGUGAGAAACAGUCGUCCUUUGUUGUUUUUUGUGAGCUGCGAGUCUCACAGUUGUGUGUCAUGAAUAAAUUAAGAUUUUUCUACAACCUUUGGACCUGAGCGUGUGACGUAUGAAUGCGUACAGCAGUAUUAGCACUUGACUCAAGAGGACCAUUGGUGGGCUGAGUGAAACUCGCCUCAGUGGUGACAAUCUGAUACAGAGAUGAUAUUUAUUAAAAGAAUACUAUUAUUUUUGAUAGGUGGUAGAUCCAAAAUAAAUUUAAGCUACAGCCAAAUUAAUACUACUAUGAGAUAAUAUAUUAACACUCUAAGUAUGAUUGUAAGCACUACGGAUUGUUUAACUUUGACGCUGAAGCUCACGCCGUCAGUGAGAGUUGUCACAGCUUGAAAAGCUGCCAAAAACUAUGUUUGCAAUUAGAAACAAUCAGCAUCUGAAAAACAAUGCUUUUAAAUAAAGGUUUUAAAGAAAGAGGCCUAGUUUACAAGUGAAUUUUUUAAGUUAUAUUUGUACAAACUCUCAGCCUACAACAAAAAUUCUUGGGUAAUUUUUUCAUCAUGUUUAAGUGAUGCAUCACUACAACACUGUGUAAAACAAAGAGGUGGGAGGUUUGGCGUUAUGCACAGCGAUCUCAGUUCAAAACUCCAGACUGUCUUUCUCCAAGCUAUGUUUCUAAUUACUGCUAUUGUGAUUAGGCGUGUGCGUGUUGCAAUUUAGCUAACUGAGUUCUUUGAGAGCUGCAGUUCAGAUCAGUGUUUGACUUUGAGCUGGUUUGGAAAACAUGAACAAGUGUAGCAAAUCAGAGGGGCGCAUUUACCUCAAGGGAGCCGCUCCUCUCUCCAUCGUUUAACAGGAAGUCAUAGGAAACUGAGAGCCACGCAGCUGGAGCAGUAAUGGGACCCGGGAACAACUUUGGUGCUACAAUGCAGAACAGCUGGGGGCCUGUGAAUGUUACACAGACUGGACCAAUAGCUUUGUUCACCUUUCUUCAGUUAGUUUUCUUAUUCUGUUCUUUUUUUCCCCCUACUUUUCUAUUUUCCUUGUGCGCGUUUGAGGUUUUUGUUUUUUUUAUGUGUGCGUGCGUGCGUGUGUCAACGAAGGUAAAAGCUUUUGGAGCGUCACCGGCAACGUACGCUACCUCUAAGUAAAUCCUAGGUCACUGUAAGCAGAUCAUAGGAUGUGUGUGAAUUCUGGGAACAGAGCGAUGAGUGAUUCAUGUAAGAAUCUCUGAACAUGCGUUUGGACUCCAUCCUUCUUUCCCACUGAGUCGACGCACAAAAAAAUACUAGCAACCAUGGCAACCACACUGUCUCUGUCUCUUUACUGUUAAUUUAUUUCUGUUCAGUUUAUUUCUAAAGGGGGCCUCUAACAUGUACCUGUUUGUGAAGAAUGCAGGAACAUCAGAAGAAACGUGAGAAAUGAAGCUGUUCAGUAUUCUGGUUGAUUGUCGGGGCCCCGCUCCCUUUGCUCUGUAAAUGCACACAUGUGGUACCUGAACACAAUGAUGUUAAUAGUUACUGUAUGUAAACUCUCAUUUCCAUUGUAUGAGUUUGCAGUAUAUUAAAUUAGCACAGUUCUGUGCAUUUUUGUAGCUGAAAAGUUCGAAUGUUGAAAACUUGUAAUAAAACUACAGUAAUGGAA